AUGUAAUUCAAAUCCUAAAAUAUUUGCAUUGUCAACUAAAUUUAAACUAAAAUUGAAAAACACCCUAGUUAGAACGAUAACUUGAUUAAUAAAAUGAUAAUUUCAAACAAUAACUUAUUUGUCUGUUGUAUCAUUCUUUAUGAAAAAUAUAAGGAAUAUUAUAUUGCUACAGUAAGAAAUUUAGAAACAAAUUAAAUAAUUAUUGAACAUGAAGAUGAUGCUGACACAUUUCAUAUAUAAUUCACUCCAGAUUCUAAUUAUAUAUUUUUUAUGGGUGAAUAGGAUUAUACAAUUUAUGAUCUCUAGACAAAAUAGUAAUAUAAAAAAAAGUUUAUUACAUUUGAUGCUUAUAAACAUUUGAAAUUAUCCUUUACAGAAGAUUCUCAAUAUAAAUUAAUACAAACAUAUGAUACAUUAGAAAUAUCCAAUAUUCUUGGAGAGCAAGGUCAACAAUAUUAAGUCAGUCCUGAUACUUUUGAUUGGAGAUUUCUUUAUAAUAAUACACAGUAUCUCUCAUCAAUGUAAAUUCUCAGAUAAUAAAAAAUAAUUUGCUUAAAAAUUUUCAGAAAAAAGAACAACAAAUUGGAUCUUAUAAAAUCAGUCUUAUUAUCAUUUGAACCAAAAUACUUCUCAAAAAUAAAGGCCAAAAUCUGGAAUAUAAAUAAUUUGGCAAUAGUAUAACAUCAUUUUGGAUUAAGAGUCUAUAAUUUAUAGAAAAAUAAAUUAAUUAGAAAUCUUAAAUAUCCAACUAAAUAAAUGCCAAUCUGUGCUUAUUAACAUCUUGAGAAGAACUAAGGUUUUAUUGUCUAUUCAUAUGAUAAUUUAAUCAAUCCUAUGCUAACAAUAGAAUUUAUGAAAUUCUUACCAACUGUUGAAUAUCAAUAGCCAAAUUUCUUUCAUAAAAAUUAAUUGUUUUUGGGGUAGAAUUCAGCUUUAAUAUAAUUAAAUCCUGAAUCAGAAUUAUGGCAACAAAUUACUUUUGAAUCUCAAAAUAAUUGA